AUGACUCAGCCUCCCGUGGUGGAAGGCCACGGAACCAUGAUGCGGCAGUUCACUAUGUUCCGGGACGAGCUAUCAAACUGGAAUCACAUCUCCUCCGCAACGUUGAAUCUGGGCCCCGAGAACUUGUCUGUCAGCAUCCGGGCCUUCCCUGCUUUACUCCUUCAGGUUCUUGCACUCGCAUUGCAAUUCCACCCUGAUGAAAACGACGAAGCACUGCAGGGCCUCAAGUACGCACCUGAUAUCGACUUUGCCGACCUGGCGGCAGAUUAUAGCAGUGUGGGCCAUCAAAUCAUGGUGAUGCUUGGGAAUAAAGACAUCUCUCUCAACAGAAUUCGGGCUGGACUGAUGGAGGCAUUUUUCGAGAAGAGCAAUGGCUCAGUUAUCGAAGCCUGGCACACACUUGGAAGAACGAUCCGAGACGCCCAAGAACUUGGCUUGCACACACGUAGUGUUUGGGAGACAAGUCCGCCUGCCGAACACGAUAUACAAAAUCCGGUAUUUCCACUGGAGAAGAAAUUGUGGUUUAUGUUGCAUCUCUGGGACGCGCACAUGGCUGUUGUUCUCGGGAGGCCCAUGACGACCAGAUUGGACUCGAGCUGCGUGCCCAAGGUGACGAGCCUGACAGUUGCGCCGCAUCCGUCAGACUUAGACGACGUAACGAUAUCCCCAUUCGACUUCAUGGAUAUCCACGAUCUUGGGGUUGAGAACAAGGAUGCGCAAGAGACCGUUCAGAAAAUACACAACGCCGUGAUCAGCAAUAUUUCCAAACUCCCGGCAUGGGCAACCUCUGCAACUCCGGUACUCGACGGCAGAUACCCUUGGCUCCCUGCGGCUCGCGAGACACUCAUUACUGAGGUCUAUUUUGUCCUGCUCGCACUGCAUCGCCCUUUCAUAACCACACUGUCUGCAAGUCGAGUAGAGGCACACACGGCCGCGCUGAAGAUGCUUGCGUCACAAAGCAGGCUGUUCGAACACGCGGGGGCUUUACUUUAUAGGGGAUUCGCUCUUGUCUUCUCUAUAUUCGAUGCCAUGGUUCUAGUGGCAGCAACCUACAUUCGAGCCCCGGAUGAUGCGCAACAUCUUCUGGCAGAAUCGGUGAACCGCUUGGAAUGGGGCUUGGCAAGGCUAGAUGCAAUGAGGCCGCGGAAUGCCAUGGCAGGAUUCGCUUAUGAUGUCGUACUGGCGCUCUUUCGAAAAAUGAUGAACGGAUUCUCCUCCCCAGACCCUACUUCUCUGGGAAACAAUGAGCCUGAAAGCCAGUUCAGAGCUGUGGAGGCGCUGCCUCGGAAUCACGCUGCACAAGUCGCCUCAAGUCUUGAGCAGAAUUCAAACGACGCAACAAUGCAACAAUCACCAUACGACUUCGUCUCCCAGGACCUGUUACUUGGAAAGAUCUUUCCUGCUGAGUGGCAAGAGAUAACCAUUACUGAAGCUGAGAAUUACGGGGAAGCAUUUCCCGACAGUCUUUGGCAAUUAAUGGACGAGCUCACUUAG